AUUUAUACCAACAUGGAGUUUGACAAAACAGACUACUUUGUCUUUAGAGAGACAGUCUACAGGUCUUCUGCCUCCGAGAUCAAAAAGAUGCUCAAAGAAGCCAAAAACGAAAUAAAAGUGAAUCUCAAGAACUCAGCCGAUGAGGGAAUCAUAUUCGUAUCCAAAUUGGAAUACAUCAGAAUGCUGCUCACCAUCCACAUUGUCAAAGAGUCCGAAGUCGACUUCGACAUCUUCGAAGACAUCUACCAGACCCUGAUGAGUCCGGAGCGGUCGGAAGCCCUCCCUUUGAAGUACAAGGCCGAGUUCGCCUUCUUGUUCUUUGUCCUCUUCCUCAAGAAUGGAGCCUAUUCACGCUGAGAAAAGCUGAUGAAGACUCAACGAGACCUCUACAAGAAGAACAAGGAAGACGCCUAUGUGGCCUUCAAGUACUUCUCGACUUUCUUGUCAGUGUCACCUGAGUAUCUGACGGUGGCUGCUUCAACUCCACACGGGUACUUCUACAAUGUGUUUGACAAAAUCGCAGAAAUGAAAUUUCCUCCCAAAGUCAUGACCGAGCUGACAUUCAGGAAGAAGAAGCUGCUGGCUGAAUACUACUUGUCAAGAGAUAUCCAGAAGUGCAUUCCCAUCAACGAAGAACUGCUAGCCAUUUGAGCAGAAGCCAAGUCUCUCCACUACUUGGUACAGCUGUGCGACAUCUUUCUGUCUUCGCAGAUGAAACCGUAUAAGUGAGUCAGGAAGUUCACCGAAGAAGCCAAGAAACUCAUCGAGGUAGAGCUGGAGACCCACCCUGAGCCCGAACUCAGCAUCUGCCAGUUGGUGCUGUUGAAACUGGACAAAGAACAAGGAGAACAUUGACGAGAUGUUUGAGAGGGUUCACAAAGUGGCAAAAUCAAACAAUCUCUGUGAAGAAUCACUGUUUUACUAUCAAGUCUUCCAACAGAUAGUUUUGCUCUUAAUACUAUAAAGAUGGACAAAGACCUCAUUCCUUCUAAAAUUAGAGAAAAAUUAAGAAAAUAAGUUUGUUAAAACCUAUAAAGUCCAAGAAAACCUGAGCGAUAGUUUCUAUUUGAGAGGAUCACUUGAAGCCCAAGGAAGUAGCAUCCCAUUCGUGAACAUAAAGAACCUUGCAUUUAUCAUUGAUAUGCUCUGAUUAAUCGGAAUCCAAGUAGAUUUUGAUAUUGUCAAGAAAUAUGCUCAAGAUAUGGAAGAAGAUAAAUUAUCCUAUAUUCUCUUCUUGUCAAGUAUAGGAACAUCGCAAGAUUUCAACAUCGAAUCUCAACUAUUCACAGCAUUUGAGUUCUGAGAGGAUCUUGACAUUCAUAAGUUGCAUCAAUUCAGAAUAAACAUAGACUUCCAGCUGAUGAGUCAAUACAUGAAAGGCCACUCUUUCGGACAUAUUGAAAAAGGAAAAAGAAUGCUUGAAUCAAUGACUCUAAACUGCGAGAAAUAACCGUGAUGAAAUGAUUAACCAGAGAUUGUUAAUCCUCUACCAGACCCAGAUGAACCUUGCCACCACUGAAGGCAACACCCAAAUGUAUAUUGAGAAUGCAGAAAAGUUCUUAUGAAUUUACAACACAUUAAAUACAGAAUGAAAUACACUUGAGCCAAGAGACCACUCCCAGAAUAUAGCUUCGAUAUACUGAUCUCUGAUCGAAGCUUGAACGAUGCAAACCAACAUGUACAAGGCUAUCAUGGUUUCAAAUGACUUCUUGAAGUUUGCUGUUCAAGAAGGAGAAGAGACAAAACAAUAUCAUACUGCUCUAGAGCACAGAGUAAACCUGGCGUGGAUCCAGAAAGAUAUCAUGACCUUCAUUGAUCUGAGCCACAAACUGGCAGACAUCGCCAACCAUGUCUACGGCAGAAUCUCUGCCGAGCAUGCCUACGGAGUUCAAAUGGUUUCAAGAUCGUUCACUGUUAGGAUGCAGUACAAGGAGGCUUUUAAGGAGAUUGAGAAAUCUUAUAAAAUACUUAUUGAAGUCCAUGGAUCAGAAUACCAUCAGCAAAGUUCAAACAUUCUCUUUGAAAUGGCCAUUAUAAAAGGCCACUUACAGGAAUUUGAUGAAGCAUUUUUAAUAAUUUAAAAAAUCAAAAAGAAUUGAGUCCCAAAUGACUUCAGAAGACUCUUCAAAAUAUAGUGAAAUCAUGCAAGCAGAAGAGAUACUGACCCAAAUGUAUGAGAAAUACCUGAUCAAACACCCAGAAGCAAGGAAACCCCGUUACACCAAAUCAAAAGUAACUGCAGCUACCUUGCUGUUUGCAACGAUGUCUUAUGCAACUUUCAGGUACUUCAGAAAGACAAACCAGUAACCGUUUUCAAAUUGGAAAUAAAACAUUGGUAUGACUGUGGAAGAAGAAGCCUAACUAAUAAAGAACUACCCAAUGGAAUCAGCAACGCUUAUUUAUUCCUAUAAUUCCUUCGAUUCAUAUGAGCUUAUAAGAUAAUAGCUAAAUCUAUAUUAAGAUUAGCACUACCAAACCAUUUA